AUGAGGCUGACUCUAGAAAAAGAGAGGACGAUGGAGCAACUGACGCACCAGAAUAUGAAACCACGAGACAUUCUCAAUAUCAUUAAAGAACAGAACCCCGAGAAUGUCUCAACAAGAAACACCAUAUACAACGCUCGUGCCAAAUUGGGUCGAAUUCAGCAAGCCGGCGAGACACCAAUGCAGAUACUUUUCCAGCGUUUGACGACAGUUGGGUUUGCUUUCUUUCACGGGACAUAUGGAUAUGACGAAAGGGUACAAGAUGUUUUCUAUAUCCACCUGGUGUCGAAUAGGUUGUGGCUCGCCUUCCCGCAUGUGUUGAUUAUAGACUACACCUACAAGACGAACCGGUACAACAUGCCGCUAGUUCAUGUUGUCGGUGUCAUGUCCACAUCCAUGUCGUUCUGUGUUGCAUAUACCUUCAUAGCAAACGAGAAAGAGGAAAACUUCACAUGGGUGCUAUAG